AUGGCGUGCAUGAGUGGCGUAGCACCGCUGGCAGCAUCAUCAGCACCAGCAUCAGUCUCAGCAUCAGUAUCAGCAUCAGCAUCAGCCUCAUCAAACUCAACAUCCACCCUUUGCGUCCGCUCGAAACUUCCUUCGCACUCUCUCUCCACCACCGCAUUUCGCUCGCUCUCCGCCACCUCCGCCACCGCUACCACAGCAGCAACGGCAGCCAAAUCCAACCGUCUGCUGUACACGCUCCGCCCGUCAUCGCCCCCUAGGCAGCGCUCCCCUCCCCGCCUCCCCACGGCUGCUGCUGCUGCUCUCUACAGCACAGGGCAUGCCCUGGACGGCUCCCCUCGUCUCCGAUCCGCAGCUGCUGCCUCUGCUGCUGGCCGCAGCCUGUUCCUGGGACAGAGGAGCUUGAUCCUGGGUCAGCCUGGGAAAAGGUCUCCACCCACGUUGGACUUCAGAAGGCUUCGAAUCGCAAACGAGACGGGCCCAGCAGAAAGCGCGACAUCGGACGCCAAUGGCACUGCGCUGAGCCCCACUGCGUCCCCCGAGGACACCAUCCAGGCGCUCAAGGCGUCCCUCGCCGCCGCAGAGGAGGCCGCAGCCAGCGCGCUGCAAGCCAAGGAGCUCGCUCUAGAGGCAGUAACCGUGGCGGAAGCAAAGGUCGAAGCCAUGUCCGCUCAGAUGGUCCUGACUACCGAAGAGGCGGUUAACGAAGUAGAGGCGGCUAAGGAGAAGUUUAAAGAGGAGGUGGCGAGGCUGCAGCGGGAGAAGGAGGAGGUGGAGCAGCAGCUAGCGCAGGCGAAGCAGGAGGGGAUUGAUUUGGCGAUGAAGGUGGAGCAGAUGGCGGCGCUGGCUGUGCAGGAGCAGACUCAGGCCGUGGCGGAGGACGCGCGGCUCAAGAUCGCCGCGGCCAAGGCAGAGGCGGCGGAUCUGGCAGCGCAGAUGGAGGAGAGGAUUAGGCUCGCUGCGGAUGAGGCUGCUGCUGCUGUGAUCGAGGAGGCGAAGGCAACCAUAGAGGACGCGAUAGCAGCGGCGGACAUAGCCAAGGAGCAGGCGCGGUCCGCGGAGGCGGCGCUGCAGGAGCGGCUGGACGUGCUAGACCGCCUGGGGCACGCGGAGGUGGCGCUCAUGCGCUCGGAGGAGCAGCGCACGGCGCUGCAGCUGAAGCUGGAGCAGGCGGAGAGCGAGAAGGAGACCCUGCGCAUGGAGAUCAAGGCGGCCAUAGCGCGUGCUGAAGCAGCAGAGUCGCGCAUAGUGUCGACGCAGGCAGCAGUGGCGGAGAUCCAGGCGCUGGCGGAGAGGACGGCCAAGGAGAGAGAGGACGCCACUGAGAGGGCGCUGGAGGCCAUGCGGUUGGCUUCCGAGGGCAGGGAGAAGGCGGCAGCGCUGGCAUACAAGGCGGAGACGGAGAGUUUGAGGGCGGCAGCAAUGGCAGCACAGAAGGCGGACAAGGUCAAGGACCAGGCCGUGGCACGCCGCUUUGCUGCGCUGCAGAGGAGCCUGGCGGCCGCGGAGGAGAGCACAAGGAAGUGGAGGGAGCGGUGCCUGGCAGUGGAGGAGCUGUUUGCCCUGGCCAAAUCACGUGGGCUGGAUGCUGUGAAGGAACCCUCUGCGCCUGCCCCUGCUGUUCCUGCUGUUCCGGCUGCGCCUGUGGAGGCGGAGGUGGGGGAGGCAGUGGCGCGCGGGCGCAUGGACGUGAUGCUGGGGACGCAGUCGGAGAAGUGGCGCAUUCUGGCGGACGGGCCCAGGAGGGAGCGGCCCGAGUGGCUGCAGCGCAAGACGCUCACGAGCACUCCGCUGCCGUCGCUGCCCAUCUCUGUGGAGCUAGAGAACGUGCAGGCUGCUGUGCCGUUGAAGUUACCCACACCUGAUGAUGUGUGGUCGAUUGCUCUGCACAAGGUGGCGGACGACAAGUUCACCAAGGAGGCAGAGGCGCGCGAGGCAGAGGCAAAGGAAAUUGAGGAGAAGCGCAAGGAGCUGGAGCGCGCCCUGCAGCGCAAGGCGCCCAAGCGCAUCCGGUCGCCCGAGGAGCUGGAGGAGAGCAAAGAGUCUGGCACGGGAAGUGGUCGUGAGGUCGUGAUCCAGGCGUUCAACUGGGAGAGCAACAAGCGCGACUGGUACCUGGAGCUCGCCCCCAGGGCUGCUGACAUGGCAGCCUGCGGCAUCACGGCCGUGUGGCUGCCACCUCCCACGGAGUCGGUGUCGCCCCAAGGGUACAUGCCGGUGGACCUGUACAACCUCAACUCGUGCUACGGCACCAAGGAGCAGCUGCAGUACUGCAUUGACGAGCUGCACAACCACGACCUCCUUGUGCUGGGAGACGUGGUGCUGAACCACCGCUGUGCGUCUAAGCAGAGCCCCGAGGGCAUUUGGAACAUCUUUGGGGGCAAGCUGGCGUGGGGACCGGAGGCCAUUGUCCGGGACGACCCCAACUUCCAUGGCAGAGGCAACCCCAGCAGUGGUGACAUAUUCCACGCGGCGCCCAACAUCGAUCACUCGCAGGACUUUGUGCGGAAAGACAUCUGCGAGUGGCUGCGCUGGCUGCGCGCCGACGUUGGCUAUGACGGCUGGCGCCUUGACUUCGCCCGUGGGUUCUGGGGUGGGUAUGUGAAGGAAUACAUUGAGGCAUCGAGCCCCGCGUUCUGCAUUGGGGAGUACUGGGACAGCCUCAGCUACGAGGGCGGCACCGUCUCCUACAACCAGAACGCGCACAGGCAGCGAAUCAUCAACUGGAUCAACGCCACUGGAGGCACCUCCUCUGCCUUUGACGUCACCACCAAGGGCAUUCUGCAUGCGGCACUGCACAACGAGUACUGGCGGUUGAUCGACCCGCAGGGCAAGCCACCUGGCGUCAUGGGAUGGUGGCCGUCCCGAGCCGUCACCUUCCUUGAGAACCACGACACCGGCUCCACUCAGGGCCACUGGCCCUUCCCUCGUGAGAAGCUCCUGCAGGGAUACGCCUACAUCCUCUCCCAUCCCGGCACGCCGGUUGUGUUCUACGAUCACCUGUACGAAUUUGGCAUCCAUGAUCAAAUCGCCGAGCUGAUUGCCGCCCGGAAGCACGCAGGUGUGCACUGCCGAUCGCCAGUGAAGAUCUUCCAUGCAGUGGCGCAAGGGUAUGUGGCGCAGGUCGGGGAUAACCUGGUGGUUAAGCUCGGGCACUUUGACUGGAACCCGUCGCGGCAGAACGAUCUGAUGGGGCGGUGGGAGAAGCUUGUCGACAAGGGGAAUGACUACAUUCUCUGGGAAAAAACUGCCUUGCUCAUGGCGUCACCUAUUGAGAAGACUGAGAAUGGUCGAGGCUCCUUACCAACCGAAAGCACCCCUUUGUUGCCAGCUAAGGCACAAGAUAUCCCAAGUCACGUCUCGCUUGACCAGAAUGGAGAAUCUGAAGGAAUUUCUCAUGGACAUCCCGGAAGCACCCUGGGGUCUGCCAUAUUCAACCUCUCCAAUACCAUCAUUGGUGCCGGAAUCAUGGGACUUCCAGCGACCAUAAAGGUCCUGGGAAUUCCUCUUGGUCUGACAGUGCUAGCCAUAAUGGGAGAAGUGAAUGAAUACUCACUCCAGCGGCUUCUUAGAAGCACAACUGCAGCUAAAGCGUGGUCCUUCGGCGAUCUCAUGGCUGCUACGUAUGGAAGCGUUGGAAGAUUUUUGCUCCGAACGAGCAUCUUUGUCAAUAACACAGGCAUCCUUGUCAUCUACCUUGUCAUCAUAGGGGAUGUACUGUCUGGAUCGGACGGCGCAGAUGGAGAGCAUUACUCAGGGUUACUCGAGGAGUGGGCUGGAGGUCCCACGUGGUGGAACAGCCGUCUCACUGUGCUCCUCGCCUCCAUUGUCACUGUUAUUGGGCCUCUUUCCGCCCUUCCAGACAUAGACUCCCUCUGGUUCACAUCAGGACUGUCGAUCCUGCUAGCAGUUGCUUUUGUCAUCAUCACCAUCCUCAUUACUUUGUACAAGCUAGUUGAAGGGACCAUUGAUUGGUCUGGAGUGCACUGGCUUCCUCAGCUGAACACAUCGCAGGACUACUGGCACCUCCUCUCUGUCAUCCCCACCAUGGCAACGGCCUUCACAUGCCACUACAACAUGCAUCCUAUUCUGGUGGAGCUAAAGCCACCUCGAGAAGAGAAGAUGCACAAUGCGAUACAUAAGACGUUUCUUGUUUGCACGAGUGUAUACAUGGUGACAGCUCUUUUUGGUUACCUCCUCUUUGGUGAAGCGACCUAUGCUGACGUCCUUGCAAACUUCGACGCUGACCUUGGGAUUCCCGGAAGCCGUUACUUGAAUGUUAUUGUGCGGCUAUUCUAUGCCCUUCACCUGAUGCUGGUUUUCCCUGUGAUUCACUUCUCGCUCCGGUCCACAGUUGGAUUCGUGCUGUUUCCACGUUCAGUACCUCUCAAGCAUGAUCCUUGUGGAUAUAUCUUCACCACCGUUCUGCUGUUGGGGACCAUUCUGGCAGCUUCUCUUUAUGUCCCUGGGAUUCAGUCAGCAUUUGAGCUAGCAGGUUCGACAGGAGCAGCAACCAUUGCUUUCUGUCUCCCUGGGAUGGUGGCACUGAGUGAGAGAGCUGGGGGCUUGACAGCUUCAGCCACCCAAAGGGCUGCAGCAUGGUUUUUGCUGCUCCUGGGACUCGGAGUGUGUUUUUCAGGCCUUGCCGACAGCAUUCAUACAUUCUUACAGUAG